GUCAUCUCGACUCUGACGAGCUGAAGAUUGUGGUGCGGAGACAGCCAUGGAGCAUGCGGAGGAGAUGAGAGCAGAUGCGGCGGUGCAUUAUCGAGGGGUGAGGAAGAGGAAAUGGGGCAAAUGGGUGUCGGAGAUCCGGGAGCCGGGGAAGAAGAGCAGGAUAUGGCUGGGGAGCUUCGAGUCGGCGGAGAUGGCGGCGGUGGCGCACGACGUGGCGGCGCUGCGGCUCAAGGGCCACGACGCGCAGCUCAACUUCCCGGAGUCGGCGGAGCAGCUGCCGCGGCCCAGGAGCUCGGACCCCAAGGACAUCCGCUCCGCGGCGCUGGAGGCGGCCGCGAGGCUCCGGUGCAAGACCACCACCGCUCGGGCCGGGAUGUCGUCGGCGCUGGAGCGGCUCGGGAACGACGAGCUCGGCCUCGACUCCCCCAAGAUGUGGCUGGACCUGGCCGAAGCGCUGCUGCUAACCCCACCGGCUUGGAACAGCGAGGUGAGCGAGCUCGAGGACUGGGAACACCAUGGAUCCUUAUGGGAUCCCUUCCCGUAACCUAUAUAUAUCGCAUUAACUCACAUCCUUGUAUUUAAUGAGGAUGAUUGGGUGCUUUAACUCCAUAAAUAUUGACUCGAAAUGUACUCUAUCUAUUCUUGAUGCAUAAAAGCCAAAAGAAAUGCAUGUAAGUGCAGUUCUUGGUUGCAGAAAGAUGACAGCCAAGACUGCAGAGCAUAAGAGAGCAUUUACUGUCUGUUAAGCCUCUCAGUUUGAUCUAAUCGAAUGAUGUUUGCUUGGGAGAGAACAUAAUAGAUUGGGACAAUGGAAGCAUCACCACGCACACUAUGUGGAAAUCAAGGUUCAUGAACCUUCAUUCUUAUGCCGUUGGCUGUCACCGAUGCAGCUCAAUAGAUAGACAUACUGCACGAACAACACAUAGACAUUCACUAAUCCAUGCAAAAAGGGUCUCCUAAACCUGGUUUAAGUUUCUUUCUCUGUUGUAUAAAGAGCAUUUUAAUUGCAGAAUUGAAAUCUGAAGUCUUCAGACAAAGAGAGAUGAACAGUGGAAGGGUUAUCCGAUAAGAGUACAGCAGACAAUAGUUCCUAAGACUCGUCAGUGUACUUUCUGUGAAUAGUCUAAGGUAUUGAGUGCAGCUGGGAACCUUCCUAACCAAAGUCCAAAAACAAAGAGAUACUUGAA